CGUAAAUCGCGCGUUGCUUUGCGACAUCCAGCCUGCGCCGGAGAUAUCGGUCGCACUAUCGUACCACAAUGGACGUUGACCAGCAGACACCUUUCGAUCCCACCAUGACCGAUUCGGCCGGAGCCGAAGCCCCAGCGAUGAACAGCUCGCAGGUACCGCCUGCUGCGCAAGUUGCUACAAUCGCAACACCGAUCAACCUUAUCCUCUUCUCACUGUUCCUCAUCCUUGCGUACAUGCGCCUGCGUCCCUCACGGCCCGCUGCAGUCAGCAUCCCUCAACCUCCGCCUCCCACCGUCUUCAAGGUCUUCACGCCUCCCAAGCUCAUGCCGUACAACGGCACGGGUAGUCAGCCGGUCUACUUAGCCGUCCGAGGCAACGUGUUCGAUGUGACACCGGGCCGCAACUUCUAUGGACCCGGUGGCCCGUAUGCCAACUUCGCUGGUAGAGACGCAAGCCGUGGCCUAGCUUGCGGUAGCUUCGAUGAGAGUAUGUUGACUGAAGAUCUGCACGGUCCGCUGGACAAGCUGGAGGACCUCGGCGGAGAAGAGAUGGAGGCGCUGAGAGGAUGGGAGGAGAGGUUCAGUGAAAAGUACUUGGUUGUGGGCAAGCUGGUACCUGUGGGUCACCCGGAAGCAGAAGAGUAGGCUUCUCAGAGAUACCUUGAACGUAACAAGACAUGAUGAACCGGUUCACUUGCCGUCCCCAG